AUGGAACUGUGGCACGAACGAUUUCCUAAGGCGCACUGUGAUUUGUAUUUGGUAACUGGUGUGUGCAGGAAUCCUAGCACGAAAAACGCUAAAUUCCGCCAUGAUCGCACGGUUUUUACACCACGCUGUUCCCGAUUUUUCGUCUUGAAACAGGUCAUCAUCGCAGUUUUGGCCUCAUUGGUGGCUAUCACUUCGGCUGGGGGAUACGGAGGGGGAUACGGAGUCGGCGCUCUCGGAGCCGGCGGUCUUGGAGCCGGGUUUGGAGCGGGAUUGGGAGGCGUCGGUGCGGGCUUUGGGGGACUGGGUGCUGGCGUAGGAGCCGGUCUUGGGGCCGGCUUUGGCGGAGGCUUCGGAGGCCCCGUCGGCGUUAACGGAGUCGGACUAGGAAGCAGCGUUGUUCUUCUCAACGGCGGGGGAGGCGUCGGACUGGCUAAGGCGGUGGCUGGGCCCGCCUUUCUAGUCAGGAGUGUCCACCAUGUCCAUAAGGUCUCAGCAGGCGGCGGCAUCUUGGCUCACAAUGGCUUGGGGCCUGGCUUCGGGGGCGACUUCGGAGGAGGCUUCGCAGGCCGAUCAGCAGGAGGAGGCUACGGAGGCCUCGGUGGCGGAUACGGAGGUUUCGGCGACGGCUUCGGUGGCUACGGGGGCUACGGUGGCUACGGAGGCUAUGGAGGCUACGGCGGAUAUGGUGGCUACGGGGGAUAUGGUGGCUACGGAGGCUACGGAGGCUACGGAGGCUACGGAGGCUAUGGUGCUGUGGCCAAGAUCUACUAA